UCAGUGGAAACGUGAACUACUUGACUGGCACUGCGUUGUAUAGGAUCAAUACUACGUCUGAUAAUUUCAAGCAAAUUACUUAUAAAGGUUAUAUAAAUAAUGUGGACUCUUUGAUUACUGAAUUUGAAAAAAACUGGAUUGUUUUGAUGCUCACGUUGAUUCAAAGCAUAUCUAUAUUUGUUGAGAAUGAUAAGCUAAUCCAUAAUGAUCUUCUCUAUUCAGCUCCUUUGUUAUUAUAUUCUUCUCUUAUGGUACCCGAUUCUUAUAUCGAUAAUGAUAGUGGUAGAAAAAGUUUUGAAUUGUUUAAAAAGUCUUACAACGGUGUUAAUGGUCACAAAAAUUUAGAUACAAAUAUGAUUGUAUCUUACAGUAAUGAAUACAGGAGUUAUAAUGCUUUGAAAGAUAAUUUAUCUAAAACUGUUCUUUCAGUUGUAGGGAGAUUGAAAAUAGGUUCAAAAAAAUCUCUCACAUCGUUGCAUGAUUUUAAUGAUCAAUUAAAUAAUAUAGAAGAGAAAUAUGCAAAAAAAAGAACGGUUUCUAGAAAACAAGUUAGGAUUAAUCCACUACUGGCUGCUUCUUUCUCUAAAGCCCCAAAUGGUGAUACUCAAUCGUUAAACAAUAA